GUCAAUUCUUCUAGAACAUGUGGAAAUCCGUGAGACCGCUUGGAAUUUCAGCUAUAAGAGUUUUUUGCAGACGCUCACAACCAUGCAUCUGUAAGCACCAACAAAGUAGCAUCCACUCAGCUGAACAGGAACAGAAACAGCCAUGGCAUCUGCUAAGUGCUGUGUGUCUGGAACGAUAUCCAGUAAUAACACAAAAAUUAAAUGAAAUUGAAACACGAUAUCAGACUGUAAUGGACCAAAUAGAAUUUGAAAAGAGUGUUUUAGCUGACCAUGAAGUACAGUUACGAGAAGACAGUGAAAGAUUGGCACGAAUGCAGAGUGCAGAAUACGAUGAGGAUGAAGAAGAAGGUGAAGCUAGAGUGAUAACAGCUGCUGAUUUAGAAGAUUUAGGAACUGAAGAACUCAGCCAUUUUACACCAGCUAGUAAAACUACAGAAAGUGAUGAAAAAAAUGAUUUGAAAUCAUUGGAAAGAAAAUUAUCAGAAAAGUUGUAUCUUUUGGUCAAGUGUAAACUUGGCAAAAACUCUGUAUGGCUUUUACCACAAGGGAGAAGAGAAGAUGGUGAAUCAAUGAGAGAGACAGCUGAAAGGGUCCUUGCAUCACACUGUGGUGAUAUAAUCAAAGCACAGUUUUCUGGUAAUGCUCCUUGUGGAUUUUAUAAAUAUAAAUUUCCUACAGAAUCCAGAUCUGAUGAGGCUGUUGGAGCAAAGGUAUUUUUCUACAAAGCCAGACUACUCGAUGGCAACGUAUUAGAUGCCAAUGAUGUAACAGAAGACUAUGUAUGGGUAUCAAGCAAAGAACUUCCACACUAUCUCAAGCCAAGUUAUAUGAAAUCGAUAGAGCAAUUUUUGAUAGAAUAACUUAUCAACUUCAUUUUUUUUCUCUUCUGUAUAUUAUUUUAAGUUUAAUAAUAAAAACACAAUGAAAACUGU